AUGGCCGACCGCGUGCACCGAGUUACCAUGUUCAAGAUGCCCAGCAAGGAUGACCAGGCCAAGCUGCUCAAGCAGUACGAGUCGCUGGGCGCCGAGCAGCAGAGGAACGGAAAGCCCUACAUCCUAUCCAUGGUCGUUGGCCCCGCCGAAGAGGACGCCCGCGCCCAGGGCUACACGCUCGUGUCCAAGACGGAGUUUGCCAGCAUGGACGACAUGAAGUUCUACGACGACGAAUGCAUAGCCCACAACGACCUCAAGACGUUUGUCAAGACGCUGGGCGUGGAGGGUGUCUUGACCGUCUUCUUCAAGCCCGCCGUCAUUGGCGGUACCGAUAACUGA